GCGGAAAUUUGGGCAGACAUUUGGGUGUGACAAGGUUAGACUUCAUCAACAUCGGGAACGUAUAAAAGCAUCAACUAUUCUUGUGGUUGGUAUCAGUUGAACUUAUUCUUCAGCCGAAUUUAAAACCAAAAUGAACUCCUUCGCCGCCGUUGUCUUCUUCGCUGCUUUGGCUGCUGCCAAUGCCGGUUUGAUCGCCCCCUUGGCCUACUCUGCCAUCCCAACCGGACACAUUGUGCAAGGACCAAGCUCAAGAACCACCGUCGUAGGCCCAGACGGUAGCGCAAUCUCCUCUGUAGCUCCAGGAGGUACCAUCAUCACCGACCACGAUGCCACCAUUGUUGCCCAAGCUGCUCCAGCUGCCGUUAUCGCUCCUGCUGCCAGGCUCGCUGUUGCUCACGCUCCUCUUGUAGCUGCUCACUCUUCAUUGAUCGCCUCUCCAGCCAUCACCACCUAUGCUGCUCAAUCUCCAGUCUGGGCUCAUCAAGCUCCAGUCUGGGCUCAUCAAGCUAUCGGCGUACCAGCCAUCGCAAGAGUAGCUGCUGAGAACACCGUUGUUGCUGGACCUUCUGGCACCAUCAGCCAAACCAGAGCUAUUGACGCUGCUCCCCAUGUUACCGUUUGGUAGAUUGUGAUGGUUUCAUUGUAGAUAAUGUAGUUUAAAUUUUGUGAUAUAUUGUUCUUUUUGAUGUUUUUAUUUACCGAAUGUUUUCACCGAUUUUUCUACUUUUAUUUUUUGAUUAAAGUUCCGAAUUUUUAUUGAUCAGUGAUCCGCUAUUGUAGAAUCGAAAAACCGAAUAAAAGCAGCAAAAUUCUCGAAA